AUGAAGACCAAAACGCCAUUGAAGCAGCUGAAGCUCGCUGUUCCUGCUCAAGAAACCCCCAUUACCUCUUUCUUAACUGCAAGUGGAACAUUCCACGAUGGAGAUCUACUAUUGAAUCAAAAAGGGUUGCGUCUCAUCUCUGAAGAAAAAGAAUCUCGGCCCUCAGAUGGUAAGGAACUGGAAUUUGACUUCUCACUGGAUGACCUUGAGACCAUCAAAGUAAUUGGAAAAGGAAGUGGGGGUGUGGUACAACUUGUUCGCCAUAAGUGGGUUGGAAAAUUGUUUGCUUUAAAGGUUAUUCAGAUGAAUAUACAAGAGGAUAUUCGAAAACAGAUUGUUCAGGAACUGAAAAUAAACCAAGCGUCACAGUGUCCACAUGUUGUAGUUUGCCAUCACUCAUUCUAUCAUAAUGGAGUUAUAUCUCUUGUGUUAGAAUACAUGGAUCGUGGUUCUCUAGCAGAUGUAAUUAGACAAGUAAAAACAAUUCUGGAACCAUAUCUUGCUGUGGUUUGUAAGCAGGUAUUGCAAGGUCUUGUUUACUUGCAUAAUGAAAGACAUGUAAUACAUAGGGACAUUAAACCAUCCAAUCUGUUAGUUAAUCACAAAGGCGAGGUGAAGAUUACUGAUUUUGGUGUUAGUGCUAUGCUGGCUAGUUCAAUGGGGCAAAGAGAUACAUUUGUUGGAACUUACAAUUACAUGUCGCCAGAAAGAAUCAGUGGGAGCACUUACGAUUAUAGCAGUGACAUCUGGAGUUUGGGCAUGGUAGUACUUGAGUGUGCCAUAGGACGGUUUCCUUAUAUACAGUCUGAAGAUCAACAAGGCUGGCCUAGUUUUUAUGAGCUUUUGGAAGCCAUUGUGGAAAGCCCGCCACCUUCUGCUCCACCUGAUCAGUUCUCCCCGGAGUUCUGUUCAUUUGUGUCAUCCUGCAUCCAGAAGGAUCCUCACGAUCGACUGACAUCCUUGGAGCUUCUGGGUCAUCCUUUCAUUAAAAAGUUUGAAGAUAAAGAUCUAGAUCUUGGGAUUUUGGUAGGUAGCUUGGAAGCUCCUGUAAAUUUUCCCAGAUAA